AUGCUCACGUCGCCUCCACCGACGCCCCAGCGGGCGAGUGUGCCACACAAGCUACUUGCUCACCUGUCGUCAAAUGUGUCGGACUUUGACACCGGAGGCAGAGUCACCUCCUCGACCCGCCUGCAGACAUUGUACCUCUUGAAGGACCAGGAAGUUAACAAUGAUCGCUUGCGCAACGCUACUGGCAAGACGAUGCCACGCGUUCCUGCCCAGAUGUUGAUCAAAGCUGAUGGUCAAUGGACGGCAUAUCCGCCGUCACGCGAUGCCGACUAUGGCUAUCAAGUCUCGAUGCGAUUCAACACUUUGUACUCAGCCCCCACUGUGCGUAUCGAGAUUGAAUUCUCACACGACGGACAGGCCGAUACGCCACGCCUUCCGACCCUGGUUCUGGAAUAUCCAUUCAAUGAUCGCGACGGAAGGCAGCUUAGUAACUUUGCAUGCGAAUUGAUCGAUGGCGAGUCGGACGAUAGCGAGUCGGAUGAUGGCAAACAGCAUAACGAUGAGCAAGCUUUGACCAUCGUACGCUUCGAAGCCAACGGAGCCACGUCGGAGGGCUGUGUCACCAUCGACAGCUUCGCGUCUCCUCUGACCGCUGAGCAAGAGUCGGUGUUUGAAAUGCUCAGAAUUCAGCGCACCACCGGCAGAACUUUCACCAUUGCAAUCGCAAUAGAGGCUCAAGAGGCGUCUGACAACACAAGCCCGACACUGAAGUUGCUUUCGAAACUUGCCGGCAGCGGUGGUUCGCUUUUGCCUUCACUCAGACACCGAGAGUGGGACGAUUUUCUACCGGAAGGCUGGCAGAAUAUGGACGCGAAAGAGUUCCUGAGCGCGAGGCCUACCCGUCCCAAUCUGAUGCUGAUGCAGAAGUGCGGCACUACUUUCAGCUCAGUCGAACACUUUUGCGCAACUCAUCUAGUCGCUGAGUUGAUAGCCAACGAAGAGGGCUCGGGAGAGCUGCGACUGUGGGCAAGAGCCGACCAUGACAUUGCUCUGUUCGAGCUGAAGGGCCACGUCGUGCUCGCCAUGAAGUUCGGCAACCCAAUUGUGCUCUCCAGUGGUCGAAAAGUCCUGAGACAUCCCAAGAUCCCGAAUGAUCUGGAAAUCAGGAUCAAGCUUUCCGACGGAGGCAGAGAACUCGUAUGGAUUACUGCCUGCCAUGAGCGCGAUUUGAUGGGCCUCAAUCGUCAUUUCAAAUUUGACGCAUACUUCAAAGUUACGUCUCACACACCCGCGGAUUUUCCUGGCCCAUUCCACAAGCCAAACGACCCAAGACCAAAGAUCUGGCGAGCAGUGAGCUUGAUACCCCACGAGAAUAGGUUCUGGGUCGAAUCUGUUCUCCACACGGCGAGCACACUUUACUACGAUGCACGCUGGCACCCCUUCAUGCUCGGACAAGGCCUCGACUCGGUAAAAACGGUCGAUGUCAUCGCCACUGUGGAGGUGAAGGACGAUGUAAAAGCUUCGGCUUGGCAGUGGCUGCUGAAAGCGAAGCAAUGGAAUUUUCAGCAACGACGAGUCAUUGACAGUCUGCACCAAGCGUUGGAUGGCAUUGUCCUGUGCACAGGAUUCCCGGGCACAGGUAAGACACCACUAUUAUUGGCCAGUGCGGUCUACUUCGUCAAGCUCGGGGGCAGGGCGAUCAUCAGCGCCGCAGAGAAUGGUCAUGUUGAGAGUAUGGCCAGCAACCUCGAUCUCAUCAUCGGCGAUGCCACGAGGCCUGAUGGCGAGCCGAUUAUAGCUUACAUCGUGCAAUCGUCUUCGCGCGGCAAACGCCUGCUUGAGACGAGUGGUCAGCAAGCUCCUUUCAACAAGAAGGGCCAUCAGGACGGGAGCGCCGGCGGCCUUGACAACUUCAUCUUCUCACUGCUGCUUGGGGAAGAGCAGCGAGAUAAAGCCUUCCAGUACACCUUGUGCAAUGCUGUCGCCGUGGAGGCAGAGAAGGGCGAAUUGAAUUUACCCAUUCGCCUGCCGGACCAGAAUGGCAUUGAUUAUGGGCAGCCGAUCAACGCCUGGCAAAGACUGCUGGAGCUAAUGGUGCAGAUCAGAGAGGGUAUCUUUCCUCACCACAGCAAGAUGGCCAGAUCCGAGCUCCAAAAGAUUUUCAGUGCAUGCGAGAAGCAGCUUAUCAAGAGGGCCGACAUCAUGGUCACAACAGCCUGCAACGCGAAGUGCAAAGAGCUUUGCUAUUGGGGCAAAUACAUGCGGGAGUCUGGCGUGUCUAUCUCGACCUUCGGCGUGUUCAUCGACAACGCUGACUCUUGUCGCGCCAUGGAGCUCUGGAAUGUGAUCACUUCCUGUGCGUCGCGUCCGGACAUAGUCAUGAUUGCUGGCGACGUUCGCGUUCUUGGGCCAAUCAAUACGAGCAUCAACCAGAUCCCUGUUUGCAACCCCUUUGCCGCGAGCUUAAGCAUGUCGGACUUCGAGCGAUUGAUCAAGCUGGACCUUCCGGUUACCACGCUCACGGAGCAGGGUUUCAUGGUGAGCUUCUACAACCAAGAACAUUGA